UUGUAAAAAAAAUACCCCAAAAAACGAAUAGCACCCUAAACGCACCGGUAGCUUAAAGCUUCUGAAGAAAAAUGGCGCAACUCUUGUAGAGAAGAUGGCCCACUAGAUUCUCAGGGAAGGGCACAAAUCUCAAGAUGGCAGCCCAGAGGAUUCGUGCUGCCAAUGCCAGUGGGCUCCCACGGUGCAGAUCUGAGGGGACACUGAUUGACCUGAGUGAAGAAUUUUCUGAAACCAGCUUCAGUUCCGUCAAAGUGCCUUCUCCUAGUGCCUUGAUGAUAGACAAUCCUACGUCAUUUGGAAAUGCAAAGGAAGUUGUAGCAAUUAAAGACUACUGCCCCAACAAUUUCACCACCUUAAAGUUCUCCAAGGGUGACCACCUUUAUGUCUUAGAUACCUCAGGAGGUGAGUGGUGGUAUGCUCACAAUACCACAGAGAUGGGCUAUAUUCCAUCCUCCUACGUUCAGCCUGUAAACUACCGGAACUCUUCAUUAACGGACAGUGGAAUGAUAGACAAUCUGCUUGAAAGCUCCGAUGAGGGAGCCAAAGAACUUGACUUGCUUGGAGACUGGACAGAUUUAAACCUGAGCUUAGCCAAAAACAACCCUUUUAUGAAUAACAUGCAGACUAACCCUUUUCUGAAUGGGAAUUUGCAGAUAUUGCCUGAUAGGAACAAGGAUUGCUCCCACCAAACCACUGUGGAUUUGUUGCUGUUUGACACAGGGGUGCCCACCUUUACAGGGUCAAGUUCUGCAACUGACAGCAGUCUAGGUAACCAUCUUGAUGAGGGUCCAUCAAUGAAUGGAUUUGAGUUUGAGCAGCCAAGCAGGCGGGACAAUCCUUUUUUCAGAAGCAAGCGCUCCUACAGUUUAUCAGAGCUCUCCGUACUCCAGGCAAAGUCAGAAAACCCUGAAUCCUCAGGCUUCUUCACAGGGUUGAAAUCUCCUACCCCAGAGGAAUUCCAGAGCAGAGAAGACUUCAGAGCUGCAUGGCUGAACCAUCGGAAAUUAGCAAGGUCUUGCCAUGACCUGGAUCUGUUGGGCCAGAACCCUGGUUGGGGCCAGACGCAACCUGUGGAGACAAACAUAGUUUGUAAGCUGGAUAGUUCUGGGGGAGCAGUUCAGCUUCCAGAUACAAAUAUUAAUAUGCGUCUUCCUGAAGGGCAUGUGGGUAUUGGCGAUACACAACAAAUCUCCAUGAAGGCUCUUUUGGAUCCUCCUCUUGAGCUCAACAGUGAUAAAUGCAGCACCAUAAGCCCUGUGCUAGAGAUUAAGCUGAGCAACAUGGAAACCAGAACCUCCAUCCUGCUGGAGAUGAAAAUUUCAGCGGAAGUGAAGAAUGACCUAGUGAGCAAGAGUUUGGUGGGAGUGCAGUGCCUGCGCAGUGACAUGAAGGAAGGUCCAUACACACCAGUGCAACUCGGCUGUUGCUAUGGAGACACCAUCCAGGUUCAGCUGGAAAACCUGGAGCCUUGCAUGUACAUAGCAGUUGUGGCCCAGGGACAGAGCAUUCUAUAUCCUUACACUGUCUGGGACUACAUUAAUAAAAAAAUCACAGUUGGAGUCUAUGGUCCAAAGCACAUACACCCUUCUUUUAAAACUGUGGUGGCCAUCUUUGGACAUGAUUGUGCCCCCAAGACUCUGUUGGUGAAUGAAGUCACGCGUCAUGCACAUUGUACAUCGGCAGUGGCGCUGCAGUUGUGGGGGAAGCACCAGUUCACCUUAGCGAGGCCACAAGACCUAAAGCUGUGCAUGUUUUCAAACAUGACUAACUAUGAGGUAAGAGCCAGCGAGCAGGCAAAAAUAGUGAGGGGCUUCCAGAUGAAGCUGGGCAAAGUCAGCCGCCUCAUCUUCCCCAUCAUGUCACAUGAUCCCAACGAGCUGUAUGACUUCACCCUGAGAAUACAAGUCAAGGAUGCCAAGGAUGCCAUAUUGACUCAGUUCUGUGUUCAAACACCACAGCCUCCUCCCAAAAGUGCUAUCAGGUCAACUGGGCAGCGAAGGUUCCUGAAGAAAAACGAAGUGGGGAAAAUCAUCCUGUCUCCUCUUGCAACCACCAGCAAAUACCCUGUCUUCCAGGAUCGGAUAGUGGCAAGCUUAAAAUACGGGAAACUACUGAAAACGGUAGUGCGGCAAAACAAAAACCAUUAUCUCUUGGAAUACAAGAAAGGGGAUGCCAUAGCCUUGCUAAGUGAGGAGAAAAUCAAGUUGAAAGGUCAACUCUGGACAAAGGAAUGGUACAUUGGUUACUAUCAGGGUAAAAUUGGCCUUGUCCAUACCAAAAAUGUUUUAGUUGUUGGGAAAGCCAAGCCGAAUUAUUUCUCUGGGCCUGAGCUCACCACUAGUAUGUUGCUGGAGCAAAUCUUGCGGCCUUGUAAGUUUCUCACCUAUAUCUAUGCUUCAGUAAGGACUUUGCUCAUGGAAAACAUUAGCAGCUGGCGUGCAUUUGCAGAUGCUCUGGGAUACGGCAACUUGCCACUUGUUUUCUUCUGUCGAGCAGAGCUGGACAGUGAGCCAGAAUGUGUGGCUUCUGUGUUGGAGAAAUUGAAAGAAGACUGUAAUAAUUCCGACAGUAAGGAUAGGAAAUCUUUCCAGAAGGAACUGAUGUCAGCCUUGCUGAAAAUGGACUGCCAGGGCUUGGUUGUGAGGCUAAUUCAGGAUUUUGUGCUUCUGACUACGGCUGUGGAAGUGGCCCAGCGCUGGAGAGAGCUUGCUGAGAAACUGGCCAAGGUCUCCAAGCAACAGAUGGAUGCUUAUGAAGCCCCCCAUCGAGACAAGAACGGAGCUGUAGAUAGUGAGGCAAUGUGGAAACCAGCAUAUGACUUUAUGCUCACAUGGAGCAAUCAGAUGGGAGACAGUUACCGCGAUGUGACACAAGAGCUGCACAUUGGCCUUGACAAGAUGAAAAAUCCCAUCACAAAACGCUGGAAGCAUCUCACUGGAACACUAAUUUUAGUCAAUUCCCUGGAGAUUUUGAGGGCAUCUGCCUUCAGCCCACAAGACCAUGAUGAUUAUGCUAUAUGAGGGGGAGCCCCAACUUCUGGAUGCUUCUUAUUUUUAUGUUUUUAACUGAAACACAGUGGGAAGAUACUUCUGCAAAGCCAAAGUUUAGAGCAAUAGUUUCUGUGCCCAGACUGCAAACUUCUUACUGUUGCCUCUCCCUGGUGCAGAAGACACUCAAGACUAUUGUUUUCUAUGCUCUGUGGUUGACAGCUUUUCUUAAUCUGUAACAUUUAAAAUUGAACUUUUUUAGGCAUUUGCAGAUAUCAGCAUUGAAAGCUGAAGUUACUUUGGAGAGCUACCAUUUCUGUGUAACAUGAAACACAUUUUUGCUCCCUUUAAAACUAUCAUUCCUCAAUGAGUCAUUGAUAUGCAUUAAAGUGAAGCACAGUCAGGCAUCUUG